AUGUACGCCGACACGCCGAGACGGUCCAGUCGUCGCCGUCCCGACCUCAACAUCGACACUUCUCCCCCUGCCAUCGCCGCCGCCUCACGAGAACCCGCUGCCGCUGCCGCUGCCGCUCCCGCCGUCCCCCAGACACCUCCAAGCAACAGAACCAAACCGCCGCCGCCGCCUUCUUCCUCAUCGUCUGUCGCCAAGGGCAAGUCCAAUUCUCGGGUAUUGAAAGGCCCGGCCCUCUCCCGCCAUGCCAACGACUCCUUCCUAGAUACUCCCGACUCCCCCGACAGCUUCGACAUGUCCGCGAACAAGGAGAACGAUAACCCCGACCUUUCUCGUCUGCGCGACUCCCACGAUCUGUCUCUGUCUCCACGAAACGUUACGCGCGACUCCCUCAUGGCGAACAUGCUCAUUUCUCUCGACCAGUUCACCAUGGGUGGCCCCGUCUACGGUCCAUUCGGGGCUGGGGCGCCGGACAUGCUUGACGAGCCGUCACAGCAAUACCAGUACGAUACUGACGGAGACGGCUUCUCGAGGUCAGUGCGAGGUGGCCGUGCCAACGGGGGGCACUCGUACUCGUACAGCUCCGAUUUCGACGCCGACGAUGCGAGCAGGAUAUCUUCGCGAGGACGGAGGAGUAAUAGUAGUUCCAACUUCCAGCCCGGCCUGCAUCGCAUCAGCAGCAUGCGCGAGCCGCUGCGGAGCACGUCUGGCCCUUCGCGCCACAUGCACUCCCGAGGGGGCAAGGGGAGCACAAAGAGCAGUAGCUCCAAUAGCAUUGACGCCGGAUACGUCCAGGUGCUUAGUAGUACGAGGUGGGCGUCCGGCUUUGGUGGUAGGUCGUCGAGCUUCGAUUACGGCCACCGCCCGCCCGCACUCCAGGCCACGCAACAACAUCCACAGCAGCAACCACAGCAGCAACAUCAACAACAAGCCGGAGGUGCCCCGUGGCAUAUCGAAUUCUCCAAUAACUUCUUCGCCGACGACUACGACGCAGCGCCGACGCCUACCGUGCCCGGCGGACCCCGACGCACGAUGCCGCCCAUGACGCCCCCGGCCACGAACCUUCCCCAGUCGCCAAUGGCCGUACCCGCAUCUCUGGCUGUGGAGCCAGCCGAACCGCCGCCCAUCGUGCUCGAACGCAACCGCUCGAACCGCUCCGCAAAAAGCACCUCGACAAACCACCGCAAGUCAGAAAACAAAUCCACCAACCCUCGCGACGAGAUGCCGCCACUGCCAAUGUCGGUCCCAGCGUCUGCACCGUCAUCAACCGCGUCCCCGGCACCGUCUUCCGUCCCCGCGUUCGAGAUUGAUUCCGCACCCGCGCCACACGUGGGCUACGGCAAGACAAAAGAGGCCGUGCACGGAACUCAGGUUCCGACACAAGCACCGUCGCAAACAAAAGAAAAACCGGGGUUUUUCAGGCGAGUCUUUGGCUCGUCUAGGAACAAUGCCUCGAGCAACCCGUCCGAUUUGCAGAGUUCCACGGCCGUCACGUCGUCAAUGUCUGUCGAAGCCGCCGAGCAGAGGUCCGGCAUCAAGUCUAUGCACGGUAGCAACCAGAUGAAGCCCUCCGGUCCCACCCCUCCUUCGAGGGACACGUCUUCGUCCCAUUCCCAUCAUCACGUGCUGCAAAAGAAACCGAGCUCCUUCUUCCGUCGCAGGAAGAAGUCUGUGUCCGCCGACGAGGUGCCCCCCGUGCCAGCUGCCGCCGCCCUCGAGCCGCCAAUGCCGCCCUUGGUGCCUCCUAUUCAGUUGUCCAUCGCCAAGGAUAAGCUUUCUGCGAAACCCGAACCCAGCCCAAUCAGUAGCCUUCGGAGGGUCAUGAACCCAUACCUUAAAGGCAGCCCGGUGACGCCAAAUACACCUUUGACACCUCAGUCUGCCCCUGUGCAACCUGUCAACCCCGAAAUGGCCACCGAUUCCGCCCAAGCUUCGCACGACGACGCACGCGAGGAGCAGCCGCGCUCAUUCUCGCCCGACUACGAGCCGAGCCCCAACGCACGUAUACGAGAGGUUCGGUCUGGGUCUCGUGGCGACGAUGACUCGCAGCAUGAACCCGAACGUCGCACCGACACGCCUACUCGACCACCUCCGGAACCCCCUGUAUGGGUCGAGAAGAGGAACAACUCCUUCCUCGACAUCGAUGGCAGCGAUAACGAAGCCGAUACCGAGUCCAAGCGGGACAACAAGACAAAGGAGAGUAGUUCCAGGUCUCGCGGGGCGGCCAAAAACCCGUCCCCGCCACGGAGGGGUGCCUCAAACAGAAAAGAUGAUACCAUACGAGGCAGAAAGAACGACCGGUUAGCCGUCGGCCAAGCAGACUCUGAUGACGAAGGCAACCGGCCAGCACUAAUCCUGCCGAUUGAGGGUACUAGGUCUGCAAGCAGGGCAUCGGGAUCGACCACGACUGAGUACAAGUCUGCCAUGAGCGGGACCCCCAGCGUCAGAGUCGAAGCCUCAGAGACCAGCAGCCCCAGGGUCCUCGGCACGUUCGAGUCCUUGGGCGCGAAGCCUCUGGAUGAGCCCGAUUUCGUCGUCGGAGACCCGACAGAGGAUGACCGUCAAAAGGCCCAAAAGAUCUUUGAUGGUAACGAGGACUUCAUUCAGAAGGAGAAGGCUGCUUCGUGGAUGGGCGAGGAAGGGCCCAUCCGGCAGAGAACCCUGCAGGCAUACAUGGAUCUCUAUGACUUUACCAACAAGAGCAUCCUGCAGAGUCUUCGGUUAAUUUGCGAGCGCCUGGUCUUCAGAGCGGAGACGCAGCAGGUUGACCGCAUUUUGGUUGCCUUUUCCAAGCGUUGGUGUGACUGCAACACCAACCACGGGUUCAAGGCAUCCGACGUCAUUCACACAAUCUGCUAUUCGAUUAUGCUGCUCAACACUGAUUUGCACCUGGCUGACAUCGAGCAAAAGAUGACGCGGAGCCAGUUCGUCAAGAACACCAUGACUACCAUCACUCAGGCGGUGGCGGAGGCAGCUCCCGAUGCGUUUGAACGGCCGACUAUCCUGCCAGGCAAGUCCAACAGCGCUCUCGGAGGCGACGAUUCCAGACCAUCGAUCGAGGAGCGGUUCACUUCGCGUCGCUUGUCGUUCCGACCCCCACCGAGACACGAGGGAGACGGGUCCGGAGACCACUGCCAUGACGAAUGCGGACCGCUGGUGAAGACGCCGUUCGACGGUUCGAUGCGAGCCUGGGAGAGCCAGGUCGAAGUCGUCCUCAAGGACAUCUACGCCUCGAUCCGCGACGAGCGAUUGCCCCUGUUCGGCGCCGAUCCGUCCAAGAACCUUGCGCCGAACCCGCACAGCAGCUUGUCCGUCAUCGGCAUGUUGAAGCGAACGCCUAGCGUUCUGAGUAAGGCCCCGUCUGAGAGUCAGGCAUCUAUGCGUGGGCGCAUAGCUGAAAAUGGCCGUGCCAAUUCUUCCAGAUGGAAUUCGAAGAGCAGGUCACGACCUCGUAUGGGCAAUCCGGGAUUCUCUUCGUCGCGAACGAGCUUCGAUGACGGAAAUUCAGUUUGGAGCCCUACCGUAUCCUCGGCAACCUGGAGCAAGCUCUCGCUGGGCCGAACGCAAACAUCGAUGUCUGUGGAUUCGCUCAGCUCGUCAUUCCGCGGAGGCGACUAUCAACAGUCCAUCGGAUUUGCCAACGCCCUUAGCCAGGCCGUCAUCCGUGAUGAUGAAUCCAGUUUCGGCAAGGAGCCAUCCAUCAUGAGCGACGAAAUGAAGCCCGCCCACCUACUCGAAGACGAAUCGCUGGAGCUCGCUGGCCCCCCGUGGGUCAAGGAAGGUAUGGUGAUCCACAAGCACCACCUCGACGGUAUCGAGAAGAAGGCCAAGGACCGUCACUGGAACGAGGUGUUCGCCGUCAUCCAGAGAGGCCAAAUGAGUAUCUUUUCCUUUGGCACUAACAAGUCGGCGGGCCGCAAGAGCCGCGGUCGCAACGCGGCCAAGGGCCCAACCAUUGUCGGAGGCGGCAACUGGCAAGAAAACGCUACUAACCUAGGCACCUUCAGUCUCCGGCAGACCCUGGCGUCCACGCUGCCGCCGCCUGGCUACUCGAGAGCCCGCCCCCACGUCUGGGCCCUGAGCUUGCCUACGGGUGCCGUCCAUCUGUUCCAGGUCGGAACCCCGGAAAUUAGCAAGGAGUUUGUCACCACAGCCAACUACUGGAGCGCCCGCCUGAGUACGCAUCCGCUGGUCGGCGGUAUCAGCAACGUCGAGUACGGUUGGAGCGAUGCCAUCAUCAACAACGCGCUUGUCGCAGCCAUCAACGAACAGACCACGGGCCCGACGCAUGGACGCCAGCGGUCUAAUUCGCGGCCCGGAAGCGGCACCGCCAACCCCCGACCGAGUAUAUCGAGCUUCCGCUCCGGGUCCCUCGACCAGGGCUCCGGAGGGCCCUACGGUUCCGCCAGCCGUGGCAACAAGCUGCCCGGCGACCGGAUCCACAUUGCCGAGUGGGCGCCUCCGGCGCAGAGCAUGCGACCCAGCAACCUGCCCGAGGAGGAGCAGCUUGAAAGCCUCCUUGCCUACGUCAAGGGUAUCGAGGACGAGCUGCAGGUGCACAACCAGCUCCGCAGCCCGAUGCUGCUCGCCUUUACGCCCCGCGGCAACAACGCCAUUCGCGCCAUGGCAAACUGGGAGCGCAAGAGCGCCUACCUCCUGCGGGAGAUUGUCAAGUUCAGAACCUACGUCGAUUGCUUGCAGCAGGCGGGGACGCGCAAGAGCGAGAUUUACACAGAGAGAGACCUGGCCCGACGAGCCGCCAGAGGAGAGCUGGACGAGGGGAGAUUGAGUUUGACGUCGGACGAGACACGACGAUCAGGGCCUAAUGCCUUACAGAAACGCUACGAAGGGAGUUGUUAA